AUGCGAACCCUUGACGCAUGGAUUAAGCAAUUAAUGAAAUUCAAGAUCUUGUCAGAGGAUGAUGUAGACCGAUUAUGCGAUCAAGCAAGGGAGGUGGUGCAAGAUGAAAAAUCAAACGUACAAACAGCUUCCAGCCUAGUCACGGUCUGUGGCGUCAUCCACGGUCAAUGUCACGACUUGAUUGAGCUUUUCCGAACAAGUGGACCUUGCGAUUACGUCGACCGCGGCUAUCACUCCGUCGAAUCACGCAUAACGAUCUUCUGGGGAACCACAAUCCGGCAAUGUCUUCGGAAAUACGGCAAUGCACGAGUGUGGACAUUAUUUACUGACCUACUUGACUACCUCCCUCUUGCCGCACUUAUCAAUAACGGCAUCUUCUGUCUCCACGGAGGGCUAAGUACCUCAAUUGAUACGUUGGAUAAUAUCCGGGAGUUAGACAGAGUACAUGAGCCUCCGCAUGACGGUCCAAUGUGUGAUCUGCUCUGGAGCGAUCCUGAUGACAGAUGCGGUUGGGGCAUUUCGUCCCGCGGAGCAGGUCUUGUCGCGCGAGCAUAUCAAAUGGUGAUGGAUGGGUAUCUUUGGUCACAUGACAGAAAUGUGGUUACUGUAUUCUCUGCUCCAGAAUACUGCUACCGUUGUGGUAAUCUAGUGGCCACAUUGGAAGUGGAUGAACAACUCGAUUAUCAGUUUAUACAGUUUGAUCCUUCGCCGUGGACUGGAGAACCUACAGUGCAUAGAAGGACGCCAGCUUACUUCCUACACUUACAGUCUUGCCCAUAUAUCGCUAUAUAG